AUGUCGAUGGUCCAUAUGGAGCCAACAAUGAUUCCCAACUGUGAUGGUCCAGCGACGAAAUCUGGUUGCUAUGAAAUCGUAGGCAAUCUCGUACCAGUAACUUAUAGAAAGAGAAUCAAAUCAAACGAUUCUCAGGUUGUAACUGACAUGAUGCGAGACUUCUGGCCAUCCAUCGAUAAAAGAAUGCCGAAAGAUGAACCUGAUUGCGGUUAUCGCGGAGAACGUUGCGAUUUCACUCUGCUUAUUAUUGGAGGAGCACUUAUGAUAACUGUGUUGAUCACACUUUGUGGAGCAUAUGCUCUUCAUAGAAUUCUGUAA